CGGGCCUCCUGAAAAAGAGGGAAAGCGCCUCCAUGCUGGCGCACUUGCUUCCCCUCGUCGGUCGGGCUGCUACUGCUGCGGGGACGAUGGCGGGCGCGGCGGGUUCUUUCCAGCUGGCGGGGCUCAAGGCGCGGCCGCUAGGAGCAGCGGAGCCCGUCGACCUGGGUUCCUUCCUCGGCCGCGUGUUGCUGGUUUCCAACGUGGCGUCGCUCUGAGGCACGACGACGCGGGACUACACGCAGUUCUCGGAGCUGCAGCGGCGCUUCGGGCCGGAAGGCUUCGCGGUGCUGGCUUUUCCGUGCAACCAGUUCGGCCACCAGGAGAAUGCCACCAACGAUGAGAUCCUGAACUCUCUAAAGCAUGUCCGCCCAGGCCAUGGAUAUGAGCCCAACUUCACUGUGUUCGAGAAAUGUGAGGUCAAUGGGGAAAAUGCUCACCCACUUUUCAAAUCCCUGAAACAGGCAUUGCCAUACCCACAUGAUGACCCUGUAUCGCUAAUGAAUAACCCACAGUUCAUCAUCUGGUCUCCUGUUUGCCGCAAUGACAUCGCAUGGAACUUUGAAAAGUUCCUUAUUGGUCGUGAUGGAGUGCCUAUCAAACGUUACAGCAGGCGCUUCGAAACUAUCAAGAUUCAGGAAGAUAUUGAAAAGCUACUUCACUAAGUGCCUUAGAAUCAGCCACCUUUAAAUCCUGUUGCAAUUCCCCCCCCCUUUGCUUAUCCUAGCUUGUGCAGAUGUUUCCAUGCCACUGCAAAUUGAAGAUAUGCUUCUAAGUAGUAACAGUCUGUGUGAAGGGAAGCUACUUAUGCAUGAGCAGCAGCAAAGCUUUCCUGGAAUGGAGGAGUCUGCUAAUUGUGGACCUUCUGCCCUUUCCUUCCAUAAAUUCUUCACAUAUUCCCAUUUGGUGGCAUUGCAAUAUGGAUCUAUAAUGUAUGUUGGGUAAAAUCAUACUUGGUGAAGCAGCCGUAUUUGAUCUAUGAGGCUUCAUGUCUUUUGCCUCUUAUCUGUGACUCGUUAACUGUUUACUCUGAUGGUAAUUUUCUAUUCCCCAUCUAAAUUUUAUUCAUGAUGGUGCUUCUUCUAAAGUCAUGAAGAGCACUUGAUGUGCUUGUAAAAUUUUGUAUGUAAAGGUCUAGUAAAUUACGCCAGGGCAAACAGCUUAAAAUCAGCAAUUGUUGUAAAAGAGAUAUAUCAAUAAAGCGCUUGAAAGAA